AUGUCAGGCGUGGCGCCACACCGCCGCUUUGUCGCGGUGGAGCUCCCUUUUUGCCUCCCUGUGACGACGGCGACGAAGAGGCCUCCCAGCACGCACGGCGGCGGCGGGCUACGCGAGGAAGAGCGUCGAAUGGUGGAGGCCUUCGUCCCGCCGUCAUUUUUGCGCCCCGCCCUUGAUGAGGUCUCCCCCGCGCCGGGGGAGGGAACCGCGAAGGAGCCGGCGGAGGGCCCCACGCAGGGUGCAGGAGCCGGGAAGCAGCCGCACGAACGCAGCGCGGGGAUCGCGUCGGCGUCGGAGUACUACACAGGCGAGGUCUUCUCCGGCUGGCGCCCGCUGGACUUUGAGGCGGAGGCGGAGAGGCCGCAACCGCACGACGGCAGCAGCCAGAGCCUGUUAAAGAACGCAGGUGAGCAGGGGAAGUGGGAGCGGGAGAAGAUGCUGCGGGACUCGUUUCCCUCGUUCGCGCCGCAGGUGCUGCUUCAGGGGUUCUACAGAAACGACCUGUUGGUGGAAGUGACCCGCACCCGGCGCGUUAAACGGCUGCGUGACCGCGUCAGCGGCCGUGUCGUGAAGGAACUGGACCUGCCGGACGACGGCGACGGCGAAGGCCUCGGGCAGCCGCGGGCGAAGGUGGUGGGCGUGGUGUCGCGGGAGGUGGACCUUGUCCGGCCCGCGGACUUUUGCUUUGCCCCCUUCUCGAAGGAGCUGUUGGCGGCCGCGCCGGCCCUCUGCAGCGGGACGCUGUUUCCGCCGGCGCAUUUUGUGGCGGAGAAGACGCCGUUUGAGGUCGAGUGCGAGUUUGGCGGCCACUUCGGGCGACAGUCCUCAAAGCCGCCCCCCGGCGGCGAAGCAACUCGCGAGGAGACGGGGGAUGGACCACUCGAGUGGGAGUUUGAGGCGAUGCCGACGCUGUCGGUGAUGGCCGACGACCCCAACAUCCCGCCCCCCACGCUCCCCGCGCAGCGCGACCUCCUUCAACGCCUCAACGGCGGCGAUGCCGAAAACGAGUGCGUGGAAGUGCGGACCAUGAGGCAGCUGUUGGACGAGCGCCCGGUGUGGAUCACGCAGGAGCUGCUGCACGCCGUCCUCCAGUCCGGCGUCUGCCCGCGCAACCACAUCAACAAGAAGGUCAUGUCCUGUCUGACGUACGUGAUCAAGAACGGACCCUUCAACCGCCUGCGCGUUCGUCUCGGGUUUGACCCAUACGGCAGCCACACCACAGCCUCGCUGCAGCGCGUUGCGGUGAAGAUCAAUCGCCGUUCCGAGCUGGGCACGCUGCUGCGCGACAUCAGCCGCGUCCCACAUAUCGCAGAUGUGAUGCGGGAGAUUGAGAAGAAGCACGCCGACGACGCUCGCGCGACACGGGGUGCGGAUGUUAAUCGCCCAGACUGUCUGCCAUGUCGCCCUCGGGGGUCCUUUGUCGCGAAGCUCAGCGAGGUUAUUCAGGAGGGUCGGCUGUACGUGGCCUUUCAGCUCGUGGAUCUGAGCGACGACGCGUCUUUGAGGGAGCUGCUGCAGCGGGUGCCGGCCGCCGCCGGCAUGCCUCUCGAGCAGCGGACUGGCAGAAACGGGUGGAUCGGGGAAGCCGGCUACCAGCGCGCCUCGGUUCACAUCGCGGAAGCGCUGGCCAACAUGAUAAGAGACGAGGUGGCCCCGGCGCUGGAAAGCCGCGGCAAAGUCGCGGUCGCCGCGAGGCUGCCAGAAAGCCGCCGCAGCGGCAGCAGCUCGAGCCCGUCCCCGGAAGACAGCAGCACCGAGAGCGGGGACGGCGACGACGAGGAGGACAACGACGACGACGAAGAGUCGUUUGACAGCGCCGCCUCUACAGCCGCGAGUACCGCCAGCCGGGAGACCUUUUAG